CGCCGGGACGAAAUCGAUGGCACCCAUUUUCCGGUCUUUCAUCAGAUGGAAGGGGUAAAGCUGUUUCGUCGACGUUCUAAAGGGCGACAGAACUACUGUGGCAGUGGCAAUUGGACUGAAGCUUUUCAAGAUCCCGGGAGAAAUACAAAUACUACAACUAGCGAAUCCAAGAACAAAAAUUAUUACAUCGUAGACGAAUUAGAAUUACAUCAAUCUUCGCAGGAAGAAGAGCACCAGGAGAAACUUGUGAUGGAAGAUCUAAAAGCGACAUGCGAAGGUGUCGUGGCGCAUCUUCUUGGAGAUAAUCCCGCUUUUCGAUGGAAUGAGGAUUUUUUUCCAUUCACACAUCCAAGUCUAGAACUUGAGAUCGCACGACACAAUGCGAGUCCUGCGAUGGCGGGAACCACACCAGCUCAAAAGAAAGGCUCUCCUGCCACAAAAGAGCAACAUCCGCCGCUUCAACCAGCAGCUAAACAGGAGAAAGACGCGCCUUCCUGGUUGGAGAUUCUGGGUUGUGGACUGCUAAAAGGACAAGUUUUACGAGCGCAAGGGAUUGACGAUGACAAAUAUUGUGGCUGGGCCUUUGGUUUUGGCCUGGAACGAAUAGCAAUGCUCCUAUUCCAGAUCCCGGACAUUCGACUUUUUUGCUAUGAUGCGAAUUGAUAUAUAAAAUGUUCGCAAUAUAUUCAUCUACUAGAAGAACUCGAAGAUUGACUUCUGAGUUGAGAAUGGUUGAGCUAGCUUGAUAAACUUAAUCUUGCUUUUUUGUAAUCCGAUUGUGGGAGUACACGUACAGCUCCAGCAUCUACUUACCAAGAAGAGUAAGACUAAGAGACAGUUACACUUACAGUAAUAUGUGAAGAACUUCUAGUACAAGUGCUUAGUGUUAGUCAGCACGUCGCAAAGUACCAAAGAAGAUGCAGAUGCACCCAGCACUUGUGCCUUUUCUCACUUCCGCGGCCGUUUUAACGAGAACACACUGCUGGAACUGUUUUGUCCCGCCAUUAGGCUAGUAACACUAAAUGGGACAACAUGAUGAUGAUGAUGAUGAUGCAUGAUUGCGCGCUCGUCCUCUAAUUUAUGAGUGAGGACGAACGUUUUCUGUCGCAAUUCGAAGGGCUGUCUGCCGAUCUUGAAGCGGGUGGCGAGCGUUGGCGAAAAGUGGUGUUUCGACCCUUUUCCAAGUACCCAAGUGUCACAAAGGAUCUUAGUUUCUGGCUCCCUAAUCCUAACGCUAAGGAGGAGCCUUUCAACGAAAGUGCAUUCUUCGAGAUAGUGCGUGACGCGGAAAGCACGUUGUUGUCUUGUUCAUCUCCAGCUAGCGCUAGCACUUCAUCUACAUGCUCUACGGAUAGUAACAGGACCACGACGACCAGUGCUGAUACGCUGCAAACGACCACGUCUUCAAGCGUGGGGGAUUAUAAUGCUAGAAGAAGCCCCUCUUGUUCAGAAUAUCGGCGACACCAGGAAACUGCUUCCUUACCUACUUUUAUGCCACCCAACUACCGUGCUGGAGGAGAGCAAGAACAUUACCGUCUUCGUCACUUGGUUGAGUCAGUGAAGUUGAUAUCUGAGUAUUGGGACACCAAAAGUCAGAGGUUGUCGCGAGCUUACCGCAUUGUGUACCGAGAUAUGAGCCGAACUCUGACACACGAGGAAGUGAACUCCAUCCAGAAUCACAUUGUACAGCGCGUGACUGAAGUCCUUCAAGUCAAGAUACGCUAGACGUAGUGCAAAUCAGUAGUUAACUGUACCAACUGUCACUGGAUGCGGAUGCGCC